GUCACAAGCAUCCCCCCUGAUGCUUGGGGCCGGAGGAGAAAGAUGACUGAGAAGCCAGUAGAGGAUGAACAACAUAACACACCAGGUAGGUCCCGGCAAGAUUCCAGUCUGCCGGGUGUCGCCGCACCUCGAGAUUCCUACCGCACAAGAGGAGAAAAAGGUCUCGGGCUGUCUCUGGCGCGCGAGCAGGUGACUCUCUGGCCUCCGUUGCGUGGGUUCGCCCCAUGGGUCCCCCCAGCGGACCAUGGAGGAGACCCCGAAGGCCGAGCGCAGCCAGAGGCUUCUACGCCAGGAGGCUGGUUUCCCCACGGGGAACGAGGCCGGCCCUCGCGAAGACCUCUUUUCCAGGGGCCAACAAGAAACCGAGCCCCCCUGUUCUAACGGUUCUUUACCGUUCCCGCUAGAGAGAACCGAAAGCUAUACCCCUUUGAGCUCGUUUACCCCGGAGCCGCCCCGCAAGCCGAGGCUGGAGCGAACGUCUUCUCUCGACGAGCUGGUCUGGAGGAGGAGAAGGUUCUUCAGGAUGAGCCGGAAUGAGACCUCGGCAGAUCCGUCCAGGAUGGGCACCCUCCCGGGAGGGGGUCCAGGCAGGCAGGGGUCGGAACCUCUGGGUGACGCGUACCGAGCCUCUGAAGCUUCGGACUACGCCGAUCGGAGCCGGCUGAGCCUUUCCCCCUCGCCAGGGAGGCUGCCCGGCGUCGUGCCCACCCAGCCUCCGCCCCCUCUGGAACUGGACGGCUCCUUUCCGUCUCUCCGGGCCGCUAAUAGGAUCGACCCAGAUUGUGCGGAUUACAGGUUUUCUUCCCAGAGCUCCUUCCCAAGGGCAGGGAGUAGCUGGAGCGACACCCAGCUGCACAGCCGAGGGAUGGUUUGCGGUGGCGGCUGCCACACUGCCUCCAUGAAGUCCUCGUUCAGCCUCCUGACCCCCAUCCGCGCCAGGGACGUGCGGAACAGAAGCUACUUGGAAGGCAGCCUUCUUGCAAACGGUGCCUUGCUGGGCGCGGAGGAACUGAACAGGUACUUUCCCGACCGAAGCAUCGGCAUCUUCGUCGCCACCUGGAACAUGCAGGGCCAGAAGGAGCUUCCAGAGAUGCUGGAUGACUUCCUGCUGCCCUCAGAGCCCGAUUAUGUGCAAGACAUGUACGUUAUAGGGGUCCAGGAAGGCUGUCCAGAUAGACGAGAGUGGGAAAUUCGUCUGCAGGAGACUCUGGGCCCCCACUACGUCAUGUUCUAUGCAGCUGCGCACGGGGUGCUGUACAUGUCCAUCUUCCUGCGAAGGGACCUCAUCUGGUUUUGCUCAGAGGUGGAAUAUGCCACCGUGACCACCCGCAUCGUCUCUCAGAUCAAAACCAAAGGUGCCUUAGGCGUUUGCUUCACCUUCUUCGGCACGUCUUUCCUCUUUAUCACCUCUCAUUUCACGUCGGGCGACGGCAAGGUGGACGAGAGGGUCCUGGAUUACAACAAAACCAUCCAGGCUCUCGGGCUGCCCAGAAACAUCCCAGAUACCAACCCCUAUCGCUCCAGCUCUGCAGACGUCACGACCCGGUUCGACAACGUCUUCUGGUUUGGGGACUUCAACUUCCGCCUGAACGAGAACCGGGAAGCCGUGGAGCAGAUCCUCGGCCGCAGUCAAGAAGCGGACGUGUCGAAGCUGCUGCGGCACGACCAGCUGACGAAGGAAAUGGCGAACGGUUCUGUUUUCAAGGGUUUCCAGGAGGCGCCGAUCUUUUUCCGCCCUUCCUACAAGUUUGACGUGGGGCAAGACACCUACGACAGCACCUCGAAGCAGAGGACGCCUUCCUACACGGAUCGCGUAAUAUACCGAAGCCGUCACAAGGACGACAUCCAUGCCGUGAAAUACUCGUCCUGUCUAGCAAUCAAAACCUCCGACCACCGGCCCGUUUAUGACCCCCGAAACGGCCGUAUCCCGCUGGCUGCAGGCCAGUUUGACCGCGAACUCUACUUGAUCGGCAUAAAGAGACGAAUCACAAGGGAACUUCAGAGGAAGCAGACGCUGAAGAGCCAGAAGACCAGUGCCGUCUGUUCCGUUUCCUGAUUCUGAAAGAGACGCCCAAAGUGGAUUUCGAGGCAGAGACAAGGCAGGCUGCCCAGAAAGGGUUAGGUGCCCUCGUGCUUGGCGCCUGCACGGUGAGAGCUUUCCAAGUCCUCUUGGUAGGUCCAACGUGGUUGAAGAAGGGAAGGACGAACCUCAGGUUGGAAAAGCUUGGACCGUCUCGCCGGUUUUCCGUGCCGGGACUGAUGGCCUGAGAAGCAGAUGCCGUGCCCUGUGGGACGUUGACAGUGAAAUGCUGUUUGUAUCCCGUUCGUGCAGUUCAGCAAGACGCCUGCUUCAAAAACGGUGUCCACGAGUUGAGCAUGUUCUGUGUUUUAAAGCCAUAUCUGUAUUGACAAGAUGUGUCUGGGGACCAAUCUUGAGUUAAAAGGGAAUUCCUGCUG